CCGAGUGACAGCGUUUAGUAAUUUUUGGAAGAAUUUUAUUAAUUAAAUAGUACUUAAUAUUAAUGGUAAAAUAAGACAUCUUUUAGAGAAAAAAUGCGUUGCAGAACUUGUGCAAUAAAAUUAAAUGUUGGUGAUUAUUGCUAUGAACUGUUCCCAAAGGCGAACACAGAUGGCUACAACAGCUGGGCCGUUUCUUUUAUCGCUCAAAUGGAGAUGUGGAACAUAAAAGUUUCGCUUACCGAUCACUUCCCAAAACAAGUGUGCGCUGAAUGUUAUAAUUCUUUUGAUUUACUACAAAAAUUUCGUAGCUUAUGUGAAGAGUCAAAUGAUCACUUCAAAGAUUUGGAAAAAGCUUUGUUUGAUAACAUUGAGGAUUACUGUGUAGAGGCUGUGGAAGAAGAAUAUAUAAGUGAGCUGGAUAUAGAACCAGUUAACGAGGAUAACGAAAUAGAGAAGCUUGAAGACUUCAGUGUUUCUGAUUGCGAAGUAGAAACAGAAAUAGUAAAAGAAAUAAACAAUGAUUUAGCAAAUAUUUCCGACGAACUUAAAUCUAAUGAAUUAAAUGAAACAGUUGAUGUGUACAUGGCUACCGACACAUAUGAAAAUGAAAUCACUUUCCUUGAUUAUGAUGAUAUAAAUGAUAAAACUAUAGAACUCAAGGACGGAGAUCUGAAUACUAAUCAAGAUACUAGCAUUCAAGUUUCGCCGAUUGAAGAUGUUGGAAUUGAGUCCAUACUAGAGGAAAGCAACUCCAAUGAAAUCAGUGAAACUAAUGAUGAGGCUAAUUCAGAAGAAAACAUUACUGGUUUUGAUGAAAAAACAAAUUGGGAAGACCACAUUGAAAUACUUCCCAAUAAACGCACCAGGGUGAAGCCAAAUCCUUUAAUAUGCCUCAUGUGCCUUUCCGAUAAAUCUGAAGACUUAUUGUACAACACGAUUGAAGAAAAAAAUAAACAUCAUACGUUAAUGCACGAAAAUAAAAAAAAUCCUUAUAAAUGCUUGUUAUGCGAUAGCAGUUUCUAUAGCCUUGCUGAAGCACAGUCGCAUUUUAAAAAUAAGCAUAGACGUGGAAAAAUAUGCCCCAUUUGUGCGAAGUUCAUAAAAAGAGUUUCUUUGACACAUUUGCAAAGGCAUUUUAAGUCAAGUUAUACAUGCAAUAUUUGUGGCCUUGUCAUGCAAAACAGUUCCAAAGCACAAUUUGAUUACCACAUGAAAUGGCACGAUCCAGACAAACAAUACAAGUGUUCUUAUGAAGGUUGCGAAAAAUCGUUUGUAGCCAUAAACCACUUAAAAACUCACAUAUCAUCACACAAAGGUGUGGGCGAUUUUUUGUGCAGUGAAUGUGGAAAAGAUUUUCUUACAAAAGCAUUCCUAAAGGCACACGAUGCGGAAGUGCACGGCGCAGAAACGCAUAUUAAAUGCAACUACUGUAACCAGACUUUCCAAAAUUACAUUCAAAAGAAACAUCAUCUAAGGCUCAAACACUCUAAUGAGCUGAAAUCAACAUGUGAAAUAUGUAAUAGCACGUUUCCAACGGAGGCUGGACUACACAUUCACAUGCGGCUCUCGCAUAAUAAAACAGAUAGUAGAGUAUCUAAACCACCAAAGGAAGUAAACUGCUCAAAUCGACCAUAUGCAUGUGCAGAAUGUGAUAAGAAUUUUAAGAGUAUUAGUAACUUACGAACCCAUCAAACGAUGAUGCAUGCCUUGAGACAUAAAUGUGAUGUAUGCAGCAAGAAAUUCACACUGAAAACAAGUUUAGUGGCUCAUAUGGAGUGCCACAAAAUUGUUGAAUUUCCAUGCGAUAAAUGUGAUUGCACUUAUACAACCCGGAAGUCGCUUAAAUUACAUAAGCGAUUAAAGCACAAAGAAGUGAUGACUUUGAAAUGUGAUUUUUGUGGUCUGAAAUUUGAAGAAAGGUCUCACCUUUAUGCUCAUAUGCGAAAAGUACAUAUUAACGAAUACUGAAAGGUACAUGGUAUUUUAUGUGCUAAGUGUUCAUUAAUUGCUCUGAAGAAAGCAGUUAUGAAAGCAUAUUGCGUUCCAAAGUUAAAAAUAUUAUAUUAUACAAUUUAUAACUGAAAUUUGUUAUAUAUCAAACAUUUUCAAACAUUUCUAAAACUGAAUUUUUAGACACUACUUAGUUUUCACAAGUCAUAAUUAUAACUAUUAUUAAUUAACUUCGCUACUUAGUAUACAUAUUAUAUAUUAUAAUUGAUAUAGAAACUAUGGAAUACUAAAUCAAAAUACUAUUUUGAAGACAAUUUCCCACAUUGCAUAGACACAAAAUUAAGUAACAAUAGGAAUUCAUCUUUGUUAGAGAAUACUGGAAUUGCAAUACUUAAAAAGAUAGCACUCGCAUUCGAUUACAUGCAUAGUACAUAGUACAAGAAAAGAGGCUGGUAGGCUUCUGGAUUAAACGGGUCUACGCUUCCUAUCUUCUAUAGAGAACCAAGUGUCGCCCAACACUUUCAACAAAUAAAUUCCCUAGGAUUAUGAAUGAAUUUUAUUAAAAGCAAAAAAACCUUAACAAAUAUAACUUAUUUGUUAAGGUUAACGAAAUGUAUAUUUACUUCAUAAAACUUUUAAUUCAUUGUAAAAACUUAAGUAAACGAU